AUGACUCUCUCUCAGCCAGGGUCCGCAGAGAAACCCAUUCGGAAAAUUGACAUUGCUCAGGUUUCCCUCAGUCUGCAAGAUCGAUUGGGCCUCGCCAAACUCAAGUAUCAGCAUGGUCGACUACAUGGCCUGAACCUGAACCAGCAGGAGGGCAAGGCUACCCUCGACGACAAGCCCUCCGAUUCCUCCUCCGAGUUCUCGCGCAGCCGCUGCGAGACCCCCUUCACCUCCCCUCCCCUCCGGGCCUCCACCUACUCCAAGGAGCUUCCUCGAUCCGCCCGCAAUAAACAUGCAGCCACCUUCAACUCGCGAGUCAUGCAGCCCAUGCUCUCUGCGAGUCGCAAGCGCCUUCGUUCGGAUUCCGACUCGGAGCGUCCCGCCAAGGCUGCCCGGACCUCAUGGAAGAGUUCUUACCGGCUGCCCGAAUCCUCGCCCGGCAUGAACAGGCACCACACCAAUCGACGCACCCAGGCAUCCUUCAUGUCGGAGGCCACCAUCCCGGAACUCUCAUCCCCUGUCUACCACAGACGGUCUGAAGAAAUCGAUCCCGACCUCCCACUGCACAGCUUCCAGAACGUGAGCUCCAUGGUGGGCUCCUCCCCUCCCCGGACCCCUCCUCCCAAACACAUGCGCCUGCCCCAGCAGGGCCAACCCCAAACGAAUGAAGACGGGGCCGAUCUGCUGUUGUACCUGGCCAACUCCCCUACCCCUGCUCGAGUAGCAAGGGGUCACGGAAAUAUCGCCUUCCCACCUUCCACUCCGCCCAGCCAGCAUGCCGUGCUGCCGGGCAUGACUCCCACCCUCGGCGGGGGCAUGUUUGCCAACAUGAGCACUCCCAACCAGCAAUUCAACUUCGCCGAUUUCGUGAACGUGACCCCCAGUCCCGCGCAGCCGGCCUGGGGUGGUCGCACCCCGGGUAAUCCCACCCGCACUCCACUUGCCAACACCGAGGCCAGGAAGCGUUUGAACUUCGAUGCAUUGGUCCCUCCAGGCUCCUCCAACACUCGACUCCGUGGCAAGGAAGCCGGGCUAGCCCUACAGCUUGGUGGUGAGCUACGCCCUUGA